GUUUGUGUCCAAAAUUUCUUUGUCAGAUGCCUCAUUUGCUUUACCCUUUAGCAGCACCAGCCGGUAGAUGAAAGUAUCGAACAAAGAUUUCCUUGAACUGCAGUGCAGAACAGUUCUGAGCGAUGGCAUCAAAAGGCACCUCAGCCCUGCAGCCAUACAGCAUUUGUCCUCUUGUGUCUGAUCAGGGGGUACAUUUUUAAUCUUCAUCAGCAGGAGAGUUGGCCUAAACAGUUACUACUGUUGCUCUUUAACCCAUUCUGAUGGAGUCCUCUAUUCAGCCGUGAGACUGUCCAUUGAUGAUGUGUCUGCUGAUGGUUAUUUAUGAACAAUUGAGGGCAGUUUAAGAAAAGCAUCAAACAGGAAUAAAAGCAUCAAAAGACUGUGCACUCGACUGACCCAGACGAAAUUCUUUAUGAGGACUCGGGAGAAACAGGAAUUAGAGAAUAAAAUCCCCUCAUAAUGUUUCUCAGUAGUGACACCAAUCCAGAUGAAGACGGGGAGGCGGCAGAGUCUCUCAGAUGUUCGCUGCCAGAAUUGUAUGCUUUUGCUGAGGAUUUUAAUAAGGACAGCAAGAAAUCAAAUCUCCUAAAAACACACAGUAUUUCACCUAGUGAAGCUCAGAAAAUGCUUAGUCAAAAUGUGAAUGCCAUGUCACUCACCAGUGGAACUGACGAUGUGAAGGGAGAACACCUCCAGCCUGUUUUUGUGUGCAAGGUGGUGAGAAAAGAAGAGGAGAAACCAGACUCUAUGACCGAACUGCUGUACCGAAGCUUGUUGACCAGCUCACUCUCUCCGGUGGAGAGACUCACCAGAUCCCAGCAGAGGCUCUUUCAAUGUGGGAUUCCUCCUCCUGCACACACUUUUCCCUAUGAGAUUCUCACCAAUCACUCCAAAUCUUUGUCACCAGUCCCCGUCCCCAUAGAUGAGAAGACUCAGAGUGCCAACAUAUUACACAUGCUCGGCAUUUCCAGGAUCAGGCCAGAAAAUUUUAUCUUUGAAGACAAAAUUGCUAAGUACUUCUUAGUUGAUCCAGAAAAACAAUUCAUGGAUCUAAGGGAUCUGGAAUGGAGAUACUACAAGGGGCUUGCGUCGUGGAAGCACAGUACUUUAGAUUCAUUCAUAGACAUAAAUUACGUCAGUGAGAAGAGAUUUGUGGCGAACCAGCAGAUGCCUGGUGUCAUUUACCCCCCUGUAGUUCGUAGGUCUUUAGUCAUUUACCCUCAAAUUGAUUAUCUAAAAAAAAAUGCAGCUUCUUCUUAAAUAAAAUAUGUAGUGUAUUAAAUGUUUUGGAUGUGGAUUUUGUUUUUGAGAACAUUGAACUUAUAUGUGAAAAGUAAAGAAGCAGAUGGAACAUAGGAACAGAGUCUAUACGAUAUUCAUGUAAAGUCCAAAAUUGAACCAUUAAUAUAGAGAACAAGAUUCAGAUUGAUCUGCUUAUAUAAGACCAGGUUUGGACCAGUGAAGCCCAUCUGGACCAGGGCUGAGGUAAAUCUAGAUCAUGUGAAAAGUAAGGGCACCUAUGAAGAACAACUACCAAGCAAGACUAGCUCUUUAAAAUGUUCUACGCACAUGAAGAAGUGUAUUAUCAUUUUUAAAAAGUUGGUAAAUUCAACAAAUCAAAGAAUUUCAACAAAUCAAAGAAUCUGAGGAUGUAGAGAUCAAUCUGAGAACUUAAAAAUAAUACGUUAACUGCUUAAAGACAUGAGGAAGGAAGUAGUAUUUACAAAACAAGAACAGGAAGAUUUGGGGAAAAAAAACAAAUUGGAAAUCUUGAAAGUGAAACAUAUAAUUAUUGAAAGUAAACCAAUAAUCAUAAUAACCCUCAAUAAAUUAUUGCAAUGGUAUACUGGAUGUAUCUUAAGAGAGAGGAUUAAUGACUUGAAAGAGCACUGAGAGAGAAGUUUCUAGAUCAUGGCGCAAUAAGACCAAAGGAGCAAAUUCUGAAAGAAGGAUUGUGGAGGGUAGAAUGAGAAGUUUAGAAGUCUAGCCACUGGAAGAUGCAGAAGAAAAAAGGGUGAACGGCAGUGUUUGAAAAUGAAAUGACUGAUAAUUUUCGAGAAAUGAUAUGAAUGAAAACUUGAAUGGAAAACCUCACUGAAUGACUGGCAAGAAAAUAGAAAUAACUCUCUACCCAGAAACACCGUAGCAUAACUGCACCACAGUAAGCAAGAAAGGAAAAUACAGAGAGAAUGAUGAAUUGCACACACACAAGUGACCGAUCAACAGCGGAGCUUCCAUUAACAGCACACUUCAGAGGGCGAUGGUGUCACAUACUCAAAAUGCUGAAGGAAAACACCUGGCAGCCUGAAACUCACCAGCCAGCCAGAUGUCCUUCAAAGAGCAGGGUUAAAAUAAAUACAUUUUAGAAAAAUGUAAAAGCCGAAACUGUUUACCACCCACAAUCUCUUACUGAAAAAACCACUAGCAAAGUAUGUAUUCUAGUAAGAACUGGGAGGAGUGCAAGAAAUAAUGGUGAACAAAUAAAUGAUCAAUAAUAUAUGUGUGUGGUUGUGUAGAUACUAAAAUAUAAUUCUGGAAUCGAGUUCCUGAUGUUUUAUUUAGAAAAUAUGCUUCCAUUUGGGGCGCCUGACUGGCUUAUUCGGAGGAGCAAGCAACCCUUGAUUUGGGGGUUGUAAGUUCGAGCCCCACGGUGGAUGUAGAGAUAUUUAAAAAUAAAAUCUUUUAAAAAUAUUUUUAAAAGAGGGGCGCCUGGGUGGCUUAGUCUGUUGAGCAACUGCCCUCGGCUCUGGUCACGAUCCCAGAGUCCUGGGAUCAAGACCCGUAUCGGGCUCCCUGUUCAGGGGGUCUGCUUCUCCCUCUCCUCCUGUUUAUGCUCUCUGUUGCUAUCUUUAUCUCUCUCUCUCUCUCUCCCAAAUAAAUAAAUAAAAGCUUAAAAUAAAAUAAGAUAAAAACAUUUUUAAAGAGAAAAUUUGCCUCAAUUUAAGUUUUUAUUCUGCAGUUUCCUAUUUUGGCACUAUUUUUUAAAAUCGGAUUUUGCCUUCAGCAUACUGAAUAUCUUCAGCAGGAGAUACUGUCUAGAAAUGGGCAUGAAGGGGUUUUCUAGGGUGCUCGUAAUAUUCUGUUUUUUCAUCCGUGUGCCCAAGUGUGUUGAGCAUGCAAAAAUUCCCCCAGCUAUGUACUCACAACUAUAAACUUUUCUUCAUGCAUGUUUUAGUUUUUUAAAAAAAGUUUUAAAAGUUGUCUGACCUUCAUACAAUGAAUUGGGGGGGCUCAUCUUAUGUGUGAAGCCAUCGCUAUUUAAAUAUUGGAAAUAUUUAUUCUUUAAAAUCUAGCUAGCGCUCAGUUUUAUAAACCACCUAGUCCUGCCAUCUUUCUUCCCAUUUUUACUGUGAAAAUAUUUAAAGUCAUAAAAAUAAAUAAAAUUGUGUAAUAAACAUACACAUACUCGGGGCACCUGGGUGGCUCAGUCGUUAAGCGUCUGCCUUUGGCUCAGGUCAUGAUCUCAGGUUCCUGGGAUCGAGCCCCGCAUUGGGCUCCCUGCUCUGCGGGAAGCCUGCUUCUCCCUCUCCCACUCCCCCUGCUUGUGUUCCUUCUCUCGCUGUGUCUCUCUCUGUCAAAUAAAUAAAUAAAAUCUUUAAAAAAAAAAAAAACAUACACAUACUCAUCACCUAGAUUCAACAUUUAUUAAGAUUUUCCCAAUGCGGGGCGCCUGGGUGGCUCAGUUGGUUAAGCAUCUGUCUUCAACCCAGGUCAUGAUCCCAGGGUCCUGGGAUGGAGUCCCACAUCUCCCACAUCGGGCUCCCUGCUCAGCAGGGAGCCUGUUUCUCCCUCUCCCUCCGCCCCUACCCCCUGCUCAUGCUCGCUCUGUCUCACACACUUUCUCUCUCUCUCUCAAAUAAAUAAAAUCUUAAAAAAAAAGAGAGAGAGAUUUUCCCAAUGCUUAGUUCAUCUGUUCCAAUCUGUUAUUGGGUCUGUGGUGUCUGCUGCAGUAUUUUAAAGAUUUUAUUUUAUUUUUUCAGAUUUAUUUACUUAUUUAUUUGACAGAGAGAUAGAGAGAGCCAGAGAGCACAAGAGGGAGGAAUU